AUGGUGGCGGUGUCUUCCUCGCCUUUUCUCCUCCUAGACGCUUCAGCUACGGCGUUAGCCCGGCCAUUACUCUCGCCACGCCGCACCUGCAAAUUCCAAUCGGUUAUCUUGGUCAGAGCUUCAUCAUCGUCAUCAUCACCAAUGAAUGAUGAUAAACAGAAUCAGCAGCGGAGAGUGGUGGUGUGCGGAGGUGGAGUCAUCGGCGUCUGUACUGCCUAUUUUCUAGCGAAGAAUGGGGCAGUCGUUACUUUAGUCGAGAAAUCAUCGGUCGCCUGCGCUGCCUCGGGCAAGGCCGGUGGCUUCCUUGCCCUUGACUGGUGCGAUGGUGGACCCCUCUCUAGCCUCGCCCGAGCCAGCUUCAACCUCCACCGUUCCCUCGUCGAACUAGAUGGUCCCCAAGCUUACGGCUACCGUCCCCUCCAGACCCUCAGCCUCAGAGUCACCGAGCUAACCGAGAACCAGCGCCCCGCGACCAGCAGUAGCAGCAGAAAUAUUCCUGCAUGGGUGGAUGGACCUGCGAGAAACCCUAGGACAAUCGGCACGACGGAGACCACAGCACAGGUCCACCCGCAGCUCUUCACUAGGACUCUGCUCUCGUCGGCGAUGGCCAAUCAUGGGUUGGAGGUGGUGAUCGGAGAGGUCGAUCAGGUAGAGGUGGAGGGAGGCCGGGCCCGAGGGGUGGUACUCAAGCAUGGAGACAGGGUAAAUGCGGCGGAUGCGGUGGUGUUGGCGCUGGGGCCAUGGUCGUGUCGGUUACCUCUCCUGUCCUCCGUCUUCAGAGUUUCCGGUCUCAAGGCUCAUAGCAUCGUUCUGGAGCCGCGAGACCCCGCUGCCAUUACUCCUCAUGCUCUGUUUCUCAGCUACCACCCGGCCCAAGGUGGGAAAUCCAUGGACCCCGAAGUCUACCCUCGUCCUACAGGCGAGGUGUACCUGUGUGGGAUGUCUGCGGAGGCUCAAGUGCCGGACGAUCCAGAGCAAGUGAUGGGUGAUCCUGAGUCCAUUAAGGUGUUGCAGAGGGUAGCAGCGUCGGUGUCGAGCCACUUAGUCUUGGAGGAUGGGAAAGCGCAUCUCAAGGCCCAGCAAGCGUGCUUCUUGCCGUGCACAGACGAUGGUCGGCCGGUGAUCGGAGAAAUGCCUAACGUCAAGGGAUGUUAUGUGGCGACAGGGCACAGCUGUUGGGGCAUCCUCAAUGGCCCAGCAACCGGUGCAGCCGUUGCUGAGCUCGUUUUGGAUGGCCGAUCCUCCAUUGUCGAUCUCUCCCCCUUCAGUCCCAAGAGAUUCGUCGGCGUCCGGAAACACUAGAGCCCCUUUCUGUUGUUAGCUAGUAGCUACUGCUCACUCCUCUUUCCUCUUGGAGAGUUUGGGUUUUUAUUCAUCUUGCAUGUAUGUGGCCAUGUGGGUUGGGUAGUAAAAGAAUUUAGAGUCA